GGUGACGGUGUCGUUUCAUGAGUGAAGAGUUGGAAAUGGAGUGUGAAGGCUUGUAGAUCUAAACAGUGAGCAGACAAGUUUUCUUCCAACUCAUCAGAUUGGUGCCCUAAAUGCAUCAAUUCGACACUGAAUUUGAUCUUUAAUUGUGCUGCGGCUGUUGAACAAUAUAAUGGCGAAGCAUUCGACGACGUCGUCAAUUUCAGUCCAGAAGAAAUGGCCUUUGCUGAUAUUACUCUGCAUCGCCCUCUCAACCGCCAUUGCCUUCUUUAUCGGAGCUUCGUUCAAUUCCUGCAAUUCUCAUGAUUACGCUGAUAACAACAGUUUCAACACUCCCAUUCACUCGUUCAACUCUGAGAGCACGGCUGCUACGAAAGAAGAAAAUCCUCUCAGUUUUAUGAAAUCAAAGCUCGUGCUCAUGGUUUCGCACGAACUCUCGCUCUCCGGCGGGCCGUUACUACUAAUGGAGCUUGCGUUUCUAUUGAGAGCCGUUAGCACACGGGUUGUCUGGAUCACUAAUCAGAAGCCCACUGAACCUGAUGAAGUGAUUUACAGUUUGGAACAAAAGAUGAUGGCCAAAGGCGUGGAGGUUAUGCCUGCAAAGGGCCAGGAAACUGUUGAUAUAGCUCUUAAAGCUGAUCUAGUCAUUUUAAAUACUGCGGUGGCUGGCAAAUGGUUGGAUGUUGUGCUCCAAGAAAAUGUAGCCCGUGUUCUCCCCAAGGUUUUGUGGUGGAUUCAUGAAAUGCGAGGGCAUUACUUUAAACUGGAGUAUGUUAAGCACCUCCCUUUUGUUGCAGGUGCCAUGAUUGAUUCUCAUACUACUGCUGAGUACUGGAAGAACAGGACACGAGAACGAUUAGGGAUUAAGAUGCCUGACACCUAUGUUGUGCACCUUGGGAAUAGCAAAGACUUGAUGGAAGUAGCUGAAGACAGUGUUGCAAGAAGGGUUCUCCGGGAGCAUAUCAGGGAAUCACUUGGAGUACGAAAAGAUGAUCUUCUGUUUGCCAUUAUCAACAGUGUUUCACGAGGGAAAGGUCAGGAUCUGUUUCUUAAAGCUUUCUAUGAAGCCCUGCAACUCAGCCAAGAGAGGAAACUGAAAGUUCCACCAAUGCAUGCAGUUAUAGUGGGAAGUGACAUGGGUGCCCAGACUAAAUUUGAAACAGAAUUGCGGAGAUUUGUUGCUGACAAGAAAAUUCAGGAGAGUGUACACUUUGUGAACAAAACACUGAAUGUUGCUCCCUAUCUGGCUUCCAUUGACGUUCUUGUCCAGAACUCUCAGGCACGUGGAGAGUGCUUUGGAAGGAUAACCAUUGAAGCUAUGGCUUUUCAGCUGCCUGUAUUGGGUACUGCAGCUGGAGGUACAAUGGAGAUUGUUGUAAAUGGCACCACUGGUUGGUUGCAUCCAGCUGGAAAAGAGGGUGUAACACCUCUUGCGGAAAACAUCAUUCGACUAGCCACAGACGUUGAGACGAGGAGGACAAUGGGAAUGAAAGGUUACAAAAGGGUCAAAGAGAUGUUUCUGGAACACCAUAUGUCGCACAGAAUAUCCUUGGUCUUGAAGGAGGUUCUGCAAAAGGCAAAGAAAGGAACUCAUUAACUGGGAAGGCUUGUUCCAGCAAAGAAAGGAACUCAUUAGCUCGGAAGGCUUGUUCCAGGUACUACUCUCCUCUCCACCCCCCGGGGCAACCAAGUGUGUACAAAUUAUCACCCACUAUCUUCAUAAUUCAGUUUUGUGGAUGAGAGUGUGUAGAUACGACGGCCACUUACGUUAUUGAAUCAUAUCACAUGAUAAUCAAAAACUGUUCGGUGAUAGUUUCUCAGUUGGUAGUUCUCGUGAUAUCAAAGGAGAGAACCUGCUUCAAGUACAUGGAAUUUAUCGAACAGGAAUGUUGAGGGUGUUCUUUAGGGCUGUCCUUAAUGAACUGAAGAUGAGUGGACAUUUUUUGUCAUUUAAUUGCGAUAAUAUAUUCCACUUAGAUUAAUAUUGUCUUUUAAAUAUAAGAAGCAAAAUAAUAACUUCCUUUAUUUUUAGGGUAAAUUACAACAGGCUCCUUGAAAUUUCUCUUAAUUACCAAUACAUAUAAAUACCCCUUACAAUGAGCUGUUACAAGAGGGUAUUUGUGUAUUUGUAAUUUUAAGGAAUACUUGUAAUUUUUCCAACAACGAGGAAGUAUUUCUAAUUCUGGCAGACU